UCUGUGAGUGCAGGUGGUGCCACAGCUGCCUGUUGCACACCACUGCCACCGCUGUAAGGACCCGAUGAGUUGCUGGAUGUCUGGGUGCCCAGCUCUCAGCAUGUGCCGGGGGUUAACUGCGCUCCCCAUCAGUUGCCUGGAAAGAGCCAAGGAUCUGAAGACCCACUUAGGAAUCCUGCUUCAUAAACCAGAGCUGGGACACAGGACUGGGGCCUCCAGCAAGCUGCAGCUGGGCUCCAGGCAGAGAGAUUCUUCACAAGAAGUACUAGAAUGGAGGGAGUCCUUCGACCAACUCCUGAAGAGUAAAAGUGGAGUGACCGCCUUCCACACCUUCCUGAAGACGGAGUUCAGCGAGGAGAACCUUGACUUCUGGCUGGCAUGCGAGGACUUCAAAAAGACCCGGUCGAAAACCAAGCUGGCCUCCAAGGCCAACAGGAUCUUUGAGGAGUUUGUCCAAAAUGAGGCACCCAGGGAGGUCAAUAUUGACCAUGAAACCAGAGAGAUCACCCGCAAGAACCUCUCAGGUGCCACCUCUGCUUGCUUUAACGAAGCUCAGGCUAAGACCCGCACUUUGAUGGAGAAGGACUCCUACCCCCGAUUCCUGAAGUCCGCUUCUUACCAGGACAUGACCAAGCAGGCCACCAGCCGUGGCAUCAGCAAGCGGUCGCAUACCUGACCCAUGCCCAAAUUCACCACGGGAGGACAAGCCAGGGGACCAGACAGAGACUGAGAGACAGUUUGCAAGGGCUGAGGUCUGUGCAGUGGGGUUUUGGCUGAAGUCCUGGCAAUUUAGCUGGAACCCCAGGACCUCAAGUGCUUCCUGCUUCCCACCGAGCUGUUGGGAAAACUGGUCCUCCCUCCCUGGAGCAGUAGAGUGGGUGGGAACCCGAUGUCUCUGCUUGCAGCAUGGCUGGAGACCUGCACCACCACAGGGACAGAAACAAAUCAGAUUGGAGUUGCAAGCCCAGGAAAAAGAGACGGGAUUCCCCAUAGCAUCUGCAACCAGAGAGCUCCCACCUGCUGUCAGGACCGUGUCUCCGACCUGCAGCAUCAGCUGCUGGCUGCAGGGCCAGCACACGAGCCUGCAGUUCCUGGGACAACCGCCCCAGACCUGCCCACAGGGCUUGCCCUGUGAGGGAAUGGCCAGAAUAAAAAUCCAAAGACUACAUGGCAUUUUCAGCUGGAGGGAACCCUUCUCCUGAUCCUGAGAUCCUUCUGCCGUUUCCUAUGCAUGCUCUGUAUCAAAGCUUUACACCUUCUUCCAUACAGCAUAUCCCUAGAAGUGAUGUUUUAAUCCCUUGCUUAAGCUAUGUGACCUUUGGAUUGCACAAAUCUUAGGCCAUGUGCAGAAGAUUUUAUUACUUUUAUUAUUUAUUUUAUCAUUAUUAUAUAUAUAUUUAUUAGAGCACUGCUGAAAGCAUACACGUCCCUUGCUCUGAGGAGCUUUUAAAUGAUAUUAUUUUAGCUAUUGUAGUGCUUAGCAUGCCUCUCAUUACUUCUGUAUAAUAACUUAAGGUUGAUGACCAGACAGAUCUGUAACAUGACUGUGGAACCAGGGAUAUGAAUAGCAGCAGCAAGAGUUGCAGUCCAGCAAGGCUGCUAGAGGAGUCAGGUAUCCUGUGAGCUUGAAGGACCAUUGAUGGCAGUAAAAGGAUGCUUUGCAAUCAGUGUUGUUUCCUUUCUCCUCUUAGCUUGUCCUAGACAGAGAAUAGCACUGUAAAACAGGCACUUUGGUGAGUGAUCCUAUUGAAAUUCUCUUUUUUGAAUUUUUUUUUUUUUUUUUUUUUUUUUACACAUUUUUCCCCUGGAUUAAAAUUGGGCUUGGUGUUCCCUUUGGCCAGUGAAACCAGUCUGCAGCCACAGCAGUUUACUAGAAACCGAGGGAGCUAAGCAGAACAGCGAUGUGAGCUGUGAAUUUAGUGUCUCAGGGCACAGCACGAUGUUUUAUCAGCUCAGACUUGUGGGGUGAGCUUUUCAGAAAGCCCUUCUGAGCAGGGAUUUCUGAGUUCUUCAGCUGCUCUGGAAAGCUGUGGAUUCCAUUUGCCAGCAAUGGUACCAGGCACUUGGGUGGGUGAUGGGUUGUCCACCAGUAUCUCAUGCUGGGUCAGGGAGAACGUGCCACCAGCAUAAGUUUCCUACUGAGACAGCCUGGGGCUGCCACAUGUGCCUCCAUUUAUCUGUAAAUACCAAACCUGGAGGUUCUUAUCCUGCUGGUACUCACUACUUGCCAAGGGAACCAUCUUUCACCCACCCCUUCAAACAUUCAUUAGAGCACAGGAUUGCUCAGGCUUUUUGCAGCUGUUUGAGCAGAGCAAGGGACUGAGGACCAGUUUGGGGAUGUUAUUCUGAGCCCUUUUCUACAUUCCCCAUUCUGGUUCUAUCUCUGAGCUUCAGUGGGUCCUGACUGUGUUUACAGGGAGAUUUUAGCUGCUUUAUUAUAUAUUAUUUAUUUUUACAACUGGAACCACCUUCGUUGUGUUACUGAAAGACACACAAUGGUCCAUUUUCAUUACUAACAUAAUAUUGUUAUUAUAAAAUAUAAAGAGGAAAAUACUGAGACAACAUGCUUUUUUUUGGUAGUGGGUUUUCAAUUUUUACAUUCUAAUUUUGGAUGACUUGCAAAGCAUGCUAGGGAAAGCUGCUUGUGUUGGACGGCUCAAGGUGCAUUCACAGUUGCUUUGAAAGUUGCAAUGUCAGGAACAGAAAAGAAAGGGGAAGACUUGUGAAGAGUAAAGUUUCAAGGUAUUUGGCUUACUGAAGAGAACUGAACAGUUCACAGCAAGAAUGGAAGCAGAAAUUAAGUUUUUAAUAUAUUAAUUGCUAGGGUGUUCAGUACUGUUUGUUUUGCUCACCAUUUUCUGACCACUUUUCAGGACUGCAGGUCCCAAUACAACAUAUUUAGUAUCAGUAAGACACCAUUGUCUCAAAAGCAUGGGAGGAUUCAAGUGAGGGCUGCUGUCUGCAAAAACUGCUUUUGGGUCAACGUCAUAAAUAAUUUGACUUUUAUCAGUAACUCAGCUGACGACUGAAUUCAUUUGCAAAGGACAAAGUAUCUGGUAUUAAAGUGGUUAUUAGAAGACAUCCUACCUCUAUUGCAGUGCUGUUUCUGAGGUCUUAGCAGUUCCCUGUGCCCUUAUGGGAUGCUUUUGGGAAGGCAGAGGUGUGCGUGGUGUAUGCAUCUCCAGAGACCGCAGGAUCACUGCAGGGCUGCCUGUGGCACUAGCAAUGCAGAGAGGGGAGCAUUCAAGUGUGGCUUAGAGAUGCUAAUGCUCUGAAUAAGAACAAAACAAAACAUGUUUUUAAGUUAUCUUCUUUCUUUUUAUUAUGUGCUUUGGAAGCCAGAAUUAACUGGCCUGUGUCACUGGAGGAGGAGAGUGUGAGUGGACUGCUGAGGAAGAGCUGGCAUCACAGCUGACUGUAGUUCAGGAGCACUUAGGUCCCAAGGUAUGACUGCUAGCACAAGCCAGCCUCUGCCAUUAAAACGCCAUUUUACAAGCAACUGCAUCUAUAAUAAAGCCUUAUGUCUCUUCUAAUGCA